AUGGAGAUGCCCAAUCCAGCUGGGCUCUUUGUGUCUAAACCCGGGAUCCUCAACUUCUGCGCCAAUAACUACCUGGGGCUCUCCAGCCACCCCGAGGUGAUCCGCGCCGCUGUGGAGGCCCUGGAGAAGUUCGGUGCUGGGCUCAGCUCUGUCCGCUUCAUCUGCGGUACCCAGAGCAUACACAAGGACCUGGAGGAGAAGAUCGCACGUUUCCACCAGCGGGAAGAUGCCAUUCUCUACGCCAGCUGCUUUGAUGCCAACGCUGGUAUCUUUGAGGCCCUGCUGACUCCGGAGGACGCGGUGCUGUCGGAUGAGCUGAACCAUGCCUCCAUCAUCGACGGGAUCCGCCUGUGCAAGGCCAACAAGUACCGCUACAAGCACAUGGACAUGCAGGAUCUGGAGGCCAAGCUGCAGGACGCGCAGAAACAUCGUCUGCGGCUGGUGGCCACCGACGGUGCCUUCUCCAUGGAUGGUGACAUCGCACCCCUGAGGGAGAUCUGCCAGCUGGCCCAGAAGUACGAUGCCCUGGUCUUCAUUGACGAAUGCCAUGCCACAGGCUUCCUGGGACCCAAUGGCCGGGGUACUGAUGAACUCCUGGGAGUGAUGGACAAAGUCACCAUCAUCAACUCCACCCUGGGAAAAGCUCUUGGAGGAGCUGCAGGCGGGUACACAACUGGCCCCAAACCCCUCAUCGAUUUGCUCCGCCAGCGCUCCCGCCCGUACCUCUUCUCCAACAGCCUGCCCCCGGCUGUGGUGGGCUGCGCGUCCAAGGCCCUGGACCUCCUCAUGGAGAGCAAUGCCAUCGCGCAGUCCAUGGCUGCCAAGACCCAACGGUUCAGAAGCAAGAUGACGGCAGCCGGCUUCACCAUCUCGGGGAAAGACCACCCUAUCUGUCCUGUCAUGCUGGGGGACGCUCGGCUGGCUGCAGUGAUGGCUGAGGACAUGCUGAACAGAGGCAUUUAUGUCAUUGGCUUCAGCUACCCGGUGGUUCCCAAGGGAAAGGCCCGCAUCCGGGUCCAGAUCUCGGCCGUGCACAGCGACGAGGACAUCGACCGCUGUGUGGAAGCCUUCACCGAGGUAGGACGGAAACACGGGGCACUGCCUUGAGGGGCCAGCAGACACCGCCUCCGGCACCAUCCCUGCCCGCGACCAAGUGCCUGUGCCGGGGCGAAGGCGUGAGGAGCGUGCUGCCGAAAGCAGGACCGGUCCUCAAGGCACCA